AUGGGGCUCGACAGCGGCAAGCACGGCGGCGGCCACGGCCGCUACGACAGGAGGGAUUACUACCAGGCCGACUACAGCGAUUAUUCGGCCAGCAGCACCCUGUCAGAGAAUUGUAAGCGCACCGCGUCUGUGCGAUUCGCCGAGCCAGCAGACUCCGAGCCAGCGGCGCUGCAGGAGUUCGAGAAGAAGCUAACCAACGUGCAGAAGGAUUUCGCCAAGCAGCUGCAGAGCAUGAGCGAGAAGGACACCGAAAAGUUCGAUUCUCAUCUUCGCGAUCCUGACGGAUCUGCAGUCCGGCCAGGAGCAGAUCGAGGAGUCCAUUAG